AUGGCUCGCCCAGACCUAAAACGCAUCUUCCCUGAAGUAACAGCAUUCAUCGCAUUCAUCCUCACUCUACUAUGUUUAUUCGCGGGCACACAACGAAACCUUCUCGACAACGCCGAUAUCCUCACCCUUUACACACCACAAACAGACCUAGCAUCCAACGCCUCAACCUUCUACUCCAUCCACGUCAUGUCAUAUUGCCAAGGAACAAUAGGAUCAAUGGAAUCGGGUAUGCCAGGUAGUGCGCGCAACGUAACUUCGUGUUCCGAUCGCAAUAUCCUAUUCUCAUUCGAUCCUACUGAAGCCUGGCCGGAGGAAGAGACGAAUGGGACAUCUUUAACCUGGCCCCGGGUUAUUAGUGAUGAUUUCCAUGCAUUCAGACUUACUACCCAGUCCAUGGCUGUGUUGUAUUGUAUUGGACUUGCAGCUAUUGGGGCUGUUCUCCUGGUGCGCGUGUCGUCAUUUCUUGCGCCCAGAUCACAGUAUGGAAUUUUUGAGUUUGGAUUCUUAGUGCUGGCUUCUCUAAGUAUGAACAUUGCCUCGAUUAUUACCACGGUCAUUGCGUUUGAAUUCGUGGCUUUGAUCAAUGCACAUGGGCAUGGGCUGGAUGUUUCGGCUAGAUACGGAGAAAAGUUUCUCGGCAUGACUUGGGCUGCGGCGGGUUUGUUGCUUGUGGGAAGUAUUGCUAGUUUUGUUAAUGUUUUUGUGAGGGAGACGCGGGCGGAGGCGCCCCCUCCUUCGAAGGAUGAGGAGGACCUCGAGGGCUGA